AUGAUAUGUCUAAAUAACACUCAGAAACAAGUUCAUGUUUUCUAUUUUGCAAAUCGAUCAAUAUUUCGAGAAACAAAAAAUAUAGAGAUUAUUUGGAAAUAUCACUCAUAUAUAACACAUUAUGCAAUGUCUCCAAUUAAUUUAAACACAGUAAUUUCUUCUUCUGAUAAUAGAGUCAUAUUAGUUUAAAAUCCCAAUUAACAAUAAAAUCAUUUGGUAAAUAUGAGAAAGAAAUUGUGUUCAGCAAAGAUGGCAAAAACUUGCAAUUGUUUAUGAAAGUACCAUCACAAUUUGGGACCUUUAGACAGAUAAAUGCACUCAAAUUAAAUUAUAGUAUUAAAAGUGUAAAUUGUUAUUCUUAUAGAUAGAAGCUAACUUUAAUAGGAUUGAGGACAAUAAGCAUAAAAGAAAUUGAACCAAUUAAAGUUACAAAAAAUUAGCAUCAGAAUGUUAUUUUGAGAUUUGUUUAAGUCCAACUAUCAUUUAGAUUAUUGCAUUAAUUAAGUAUUAGUUUGAUCGAAUAUCAAAUAGAUAAUAUUUACUUUACUUUUUGUGGAUAUUAUGAAUACAUUAAUUCUUUUUCAAAUCAGAUGGAAACACAUUUAUAGGGAUUAUAAAUAAUGAAGAUAUUCUUAAAUUAAUCGAAAUGUUUAAAUGUUGAAAUGUUUAAUAAUAUUCAUUUCCUAACCAGAACUACAUUACAAGAAUGGAACUCCUAAUUUGGGUAUAGGCCACAAACUCCACAAUGCCCUGACAAAGUCUCGAUUCUUUGGUAAUCCGGCCAAAUGAGCUAAUUUCCGGAGAUUAUUCCAAUUAUAUAUCCUCCUAGGAUCAAUCCAUAAAAUUAAUCGAAUUUCUUAUAUGAAUUUAAUAGUGUAUCAGGUCUAGCUUUUUAUCGAAAGUUAGAUUAUAUUGUAAUAUAUUACAACAUGUAACUUCAUUUAAUAGAAUUUUAGGAUUAGGGAUUCAAAUUAAGGAAGUCGUUAGAUUUUUCUAACGACUUCUUUAAUCCAGAAAAAAAUUUUGUGUUGA